AUACAUGCAUUUGUAUGAAUAAAUUCGAUUUUGGACGCGAAUUCUGCUGGAUGUGUUUCAUAUAUGACUAUACAUUAAAAGUUCUUCGAUCAAUCUCGCUGACGAAGCACGAUCAACUGAAGAAGGUUGUUGUUGCAUUGAAAACCACAAGAUGAACAGUGAUCAAGGAGAAUUGCUACAUCAGGACGAUGGUCUAGAGACCAGAGAAGCAUGCACUAUAAAAAGACUCUCGAAACAGCUAUCAGACUACGAGAUGACUUGCAUCGACUCCCAAGGGAAGGCCAAUCAGUUCCGAAAAGAGCGCGACGUAGAGCGGUCGCUUAACGAAAAACUCCGAAAAGAAGUCGACAAACUAUCGAAUCAACUUUUGUGCGAACGAAUGAGGGUAUCGUGCCUCGAAAAAGAAUUGAAAACUGUCAUAAAGAACAAGGAAGACCAAKACAAUGAUAAUGCCUGCAUAGUCGAAGACAGCGUCGAAAAUAACAACAAGCCAUGUAUUCCUAAUAAAAGAGCUGAGAAUUUGCUCACAUUGAAGCUACAAGAACUGCAAACAGCCAUCGAAGAUCGCAARGAAAGGCAACCAAACCACAACGACGAUCAGUUCAUGGCGUUGUCUGUACUCAUCGAGAGUCUUCAAAACUACAUGGAGAUUGAACAAGAUAAUGAAGACAAGGUGAACGGCAGUAUUGAUGCCGUUGAUAGUACAUCACAUUGCCCUGCGACAACAACCGCAACCAGACCAAAAAAAGAGAUUUCUACAUGGUUUAGAGUCAUUGUUUACCUCGGCCCUGUAUUUCUAAGUAUCUUAUGUUAUAUCGCGUUUAAUACAGCAAAGAGAUAGAACAAAGGGAACCCAAACUAUAAAAUUAUAAAU